AAACGCCUUGUCUAUUCUAUUUCACAGGAAGGAGUUUCAAACCUCAAGAAGAACGUCAGCAGAAGUCAGCAGAAGUCGGUCACUUACCGUGCAGCACGUUUUUUCUUUUUGGGUUGUUUUUUUUUUUUGAGGGAAGCAUGUUUUCGUGUCCUGCAGCACAGGCUUGGAUCUACAGGUUCUGAGACGCACAGGACAGAAGCACAGCUCACUGAGCACCAACAUCGGCCUGGAUUGAUUUCAGUUCACAGAAUAAACAUGUCAGAUCACAGGUCGAGUUUUCUCCACAUCGGGGAUAUUGUGUCUCUGUACGCAGAAGGCACUGUCAAUGGGUUCAUCAGCACUUUGGGGUUGGUAGAUGACAGGUGUGUGGUGCAGCCUGAGGCUGGAGAUCUCGCAAAUCCACCCAAGAAAUUCAGAGAUUGCCUGUUUAAAGUAUGUCCUAUGAACCGGUACUCUGCACAGAAGCAGUUCUGGAAAGCCAAACAUGGAAAGCAAGGAACCAAUCCAGAGGAUGAUCUUUUUAAGAAGUUACAGCAUGCAGCAGAACUGGAACAGAAACAGAACGAGACGGAAAACAAGAAGCUGCUUGGCGAAGUGGUCAAAUACAGUCAAGUUAUACAGCUGCUGCAUAUUAAAAGCAAUAAGUACUUAACGGUGAAUAAGCGUCUACCUGCUCUGCUGGAGAAGAACGCCAUGCGUGUGUCUCUGGAUCCAUCUGGGAAUGAGGGCUCCUGGUUUUAUAUUCAACCCUUCUGGAAGCUCCGCAGUGAAGGCGACAAUGUGGUGGUGGGGGACAAAGUGGUACUGAUGCCUGUGAAUGCCGGUCAGCCUCUUCACGCCAGCAACAUAGAGCUACUGGAUAACCUGGGCUGCAAUGAGGUGAAUGCUGUAAACUGUAACACCAGCUGGAAGGUGACUCUCUUCAUGAAGUUUAGUGACUACAGAGAUGAUGUUUUAAAAGGGGGCGAUGUUGUGAGACUGUUCCAUGCUGAGCAGGAGAAGUUUCUAACCUGUGACGACUACAAGCGACAGCAGCAUGUCUUCCUGAGGACGACUCUGCGCCAGUCAGCCACCUCUGCCACCAGCUCCAAAGCACUCUGGGAAAUCGAGGUGGUACAUUAUGACCCGUGUAGAGGAGGAGCUGGCCAAUGGAACAGCCUUUUCCGCUUCAAACAUUUGGCCACAGGGAAAUACUUGGCCGCCGAGAUGAAUCCUGAUUACAGAGACGAGAAUGCAGAAAUAAAGUCAGAGAAAAUUCAGAUGAUGCAACUUCCUGUUGAACAAGCUGAGACGGAUUCCGUGUUCUCUAAGAAAAAGCGACAUCUGGAGAAGAUAACUUACAUCCUAGUGUCUGUCCCGCACGGCAAUGACAUUGCGUCUUUAUUUGAACUGGAUGCCACCACACUGCAACGAGCAGAUUGCCUGGUCCCCAGGAACUCCUAUGUCAGGCUGAGGAACUUGUGCACCAACACAUGGGUGACCAGCACGAACAUCGCCAUCGAUUCUGAGGAGGAGAGACCUGUUAUGCUCAAGAUCGGUACGUGUCCCAUCAAGGAAGAUAAGGAGGCAUUUGCUAUUAUUUCUGUCCCGCUGUCUGAAGUGAGAGACCUGGACUUCGCUAACGAUGCCAAUAAGGUUCUGGAGUCAUUCGUUCACAAGCUGGGGAAAUGCCAAAUUGUUCAGAAUGACCGAAGGUUUGUGACCAAGCUGCUGGAGGAUUUGAUCUUCUUUGUGUGUGAGGUGAUUAAUAACGGGCAGGAUGUGCUAUCUGUGGUCAUCUCCAAUCCCAAUAGAGAAAGACAGAAGCUUAUGAGAGAACAGAACAUUCUGGCCCAGAUCUUUGGCAUUCUGAAAGGGACAUUUGCAGAUAACGAUGAUGGGCCCAUUCUGAAACUGGAGGAUCUGGGUGAUCAGCGCAAUGCCCCAUUUAAAUACAUGCUGCAGCUCUGCUACAGGAUACUGCGCCAUUCACAACAGGAUUAUCGCAAGAACCAGGAGUACAUUGCCAAGAAGUUCUCCAUCAUGCAGUCUCAGAUUGGCUAUGAGAUCCUGGCAGAGGACACGAUCACAGCUCUGCUUCACAACAACCGCAAGCUGCUGGAGAAGCACAUUACAGCGCGUGAGAUUGAGACCUUUGUCAAGUUGCUACGCAAAAACCGGGAGCCCAGGUUUCUGGAUUACCUUUCAGACCUGUGUGUAUCCAAUAAAACAGCCAUCCCGGUCACACAAGAACUCAUAUGCAAGUUUAUGCUCAACCCCACUAAUGCUGACAUCCUCAUCCGGACCAAGGUGAAUAUACUCAACGAGAACUCUCUAAUCAGUGAUGAAGCUGAGGAGGAUGAAGUGUGGCUCUACUGGAUCGACAAGAAUAAAGAGCCACACGGAAAGUCUAUACGUAACAUGUCCAUAGACGCCAAGAGCAACCAAAAAGAAGACAUUGACCACAUGACCUACUACAGAUGUCAGCUGAACCUAUUUGCUAAGAUGUGUCUGGACCGUCAGUACUUGGCCAUUAACCAGAUCUCUGGUCAGCUGCCGGUGGAUCUGAUCCUGCGCUGCAUGUGUGACGAUUUACUGCCGUAUAACCUGCGUGCCUCUUUCUGCCGCCUCAUGUUGCACAUGCAUGUCGAUCGUGACCCCCAGGAAGCCGUGGUACCUGUUCGCUAUGCACGUCUUUGGACUGAGAUCCCCAGCAAAAUCACAGUAAAGGAGUAUGAUUACGAGUUCAGAGACGCAGGCAGAGUGGAGAUGAUGAGGAAUUUUUCGCCAACCAAGGAGUUUGUUGAUCAGUACCUGAAUGAUGUAGUGAGCCAUCCUUUACCCUUUGGAGAUGAAGAGAAGAACGAGCUCACUCUAGAGGUGGUGAAUCUCGCACGUAAUCUGGUCUACUUUGGCUUCUACAGCUUCAGUGAGCUGCUGUGUCUAACACGCACCCUGCUGGCCAUUUUGGACAUUGUGCAGCACCCGCUCACCUUUAUGCACAAACUCAGCAAAACUCCUGAAGGAGGUAAUAACGUCCUGCGUACUAUCCACGGUGUGGGUGAGAUGAUGUCUCAGAUGGUUCUGAGCAGAGGUGCCAUGAUGACCAAUUCCUCCCAGCCAAUAUCAGUCCAUGGGAAAAAUACACACGGAUUUAUGGACAAUGAGGACGUGGUGGUGAUGGACACUAAGCUCAGGAUUAUUGAGAUUCUGCAGUUCAUUCUGAGCGUGCGUCUGGACUACCGGAUCACAUACCUUCUGUCCAUCUACAAGAAAGAGUUUGGAGACAACAGUGCGUCAGAUGCCAGUAAUUCAGUUAAUGAUUUUAGCCCGAUUGCCUCAGAGCCGAGCAUAGAGGAGAUUGCCAGUAAAGCAGAGAAUAUGUUUGCUGGAAGUGGUAAGGAGCGGACAUCGGUGGAUCUGGACGAUGAAGGAGGCAAGACAUUUCUGCGAGUGCUGAUUCAUCUCAUCAUGCAGGACUAUCCUCCUCUGGUCUCUGGUUCGCUUCAACUUCUAUUUAAACACUUCAGCCAGAGAUCUGAAGUCCUCCAGGCUUUUAAACAGGUCCAGCUUCUGGUGUCUGAACAGGAUGUGGAGAACUAUAAACAGAUAAAGGUUGAUCUGGACCAGCUGCGACUGACUGUGGAGAAAUCAGAGCUGUGGGUGGAGAAGAACGGAGGCUACGGCACUGAGGACACCACCGAAACCCAGAAUAAGGAGCAAAUCAUUGAGGAGGCGGGCAUACUCAGUCCUGUGCAGGAUGGAAACAUUAAGCCACAGAUAGACAGCAACAAAGCCAACAACUACAACAUAGUAAAAGAUAUCCUGCAGCGUCUCAGUAAGCUGUGUUACCCUUCUAAGAAGAGUCGUGUGCAGCAGCAGAGGUUGCUGAAGAACAUGGGAGCUCACACUGUGGUCCUGGAUCUGCUUCAGAUCCCUUACGAGGCAGGAGAUGAGAAGAUGAAGGAGAUUAUGACUCUGGCUCACACCUUCCUACAGAACUUCUGUAAUGAUAACGUUCAGAACCAGAUUCUGCUUCAUAAACACCUCAACCUUUUCCUCACCCCUGGGAUUUUGGAGGCAAAGACCAUGCGCUACAUCUUCCAGAACAACUACCAUCUGUGUAAUGAGAUCAGCGACCGUGUGGUGAAUCACUUUGUACACUGCAUAGAGACACACGGCCGUCGGGUCCCAUACCUUCGCUUCCUGCAGACCAUCGUGAAGGCUGACGGCAAAUAUGUGAAGAAAUGCCAGGACAAAGUGAUGACCGAGCUGGUGAAUGCAGGUGAGGAAGUCUUGGUGUUCUACAAUGACCGGGCUUCAUUCCCCACGCUGCUGCAGCUGAUGAGCUCAGAGGCGGAGCGCACCGAUGAGGACGGUGCUCUGGCCUACCACAACAACCUGGUGGAGCUGCUAGCUGCCUGUACUGAGGGCAAGAAUGUCUACACUGAGAUCAAAUGCAACUCACUGCUGCCACUUGACGAUAUCGUUAAGGUGGUGACUCAUGAUGACUGCAUCCCUGAGGUGAAAAUUGCAUAUGUGAAUUUUGUCAACCAUUGCUAUGUGGACACAGAGGUGGAGAUGAAGGAAAUAUAUACAAGCAACCACAUCUGGAACCUGUUUGAAAACUGUUUGGUGGACAUGGCCAGAGUGUGUAGCGGCACCACAGACAGAAAUAGAGCUGAUCCCAUACUAGAGAAAUAUGUCACUGAGGUCAUCAUAGCCAUCGUCAAAGGCUUCUUUGGUUCCCAGUUUUCCGUCAGCACUUCCAACCUGCAGUCCCAUCAGAGCACAUUCAUACGUCUGCUGCAGUCCGCCGUCAGAGUCUGUAGCUGUACCUGGAUCAGUGCUCUGCAGAAGACGAACAUUGAGGCCUGCAUUAAAACCCUCGCUGAUGUGGCUAAGACCCGGAACAUUGCUCUACCUGUAGAUCUGGAUGGUCAAGUGAACUUUCUGUCUCAGAAGACUCACACCAACAUGGUACAGCGUGCUGCCAAAGACUGGAGGCUUUCAGUUCGUGCUCGACCUCGCAAAGAAAUGCUGGGGACACCAGACUACAAGAACAUCAUCGAAAAAUUGCAGGGGGUAGUGCAGCAUCUGAAAGAGCAGUUCAGUCCACUGAUGCAGGCCGAGAUCUCUGUGUUGGUCGACAUCCUGCGUAGUCCCGAGCUGUUGUUUCCUGAACCAGCACGAAUGCGCUGUGAGACUGGAGCAUUCAUGACCAAGCUGAUAAAGCACACAAAGAAGCUGAUGGAUAAGGAGGAGAAGUUGUGUAUUAAGAUUCUGCAGAGGCUUCGUGAAAUGCUGGACAAGAAGGAGACUUUUGAUGAACAGGGCAACUCACUGAGGAAGACUCUUCUAACGCACUACUUCGGUAACCAGCGGCUCCACUCCAAGGCUCUCGAGUUUGGCGGAGGUGGAGGAUCUUCACCUGGAGCUGGCUCUUCAGGACAGGAUUCUGAUAAGCCUGGCACAUCUUUGGUGGAUAUCCAGUGUCUUUUGGAUAGUGUGGGAGCAACAGAGCUAGUCAUUGAUCUCAUUGUCAGCACCAAGAAUGACCGAGUGUUUGAGGAGAGCAUCCAAUUAGGCAUUGCACUUCUUAGGAAGGGAAACACACAGAUACAAAAUUCCUUCUAUCAUCAGCUGCACAAGCAAAAGAAGUCAGAGAAGUUCUUUAAAGUUUUCUACGACCACAUGCAGCUGGCUCAGAAGGAGAUUCGCUCCACCGUCUCCGUCAACAUGUUUGAGAUCAGCUGCCGGAAGCAUGAGGAGGAAAGCGAAGUUUCCAACUUCAGACCGAAGAAAGCAGUGUUGGACACAAUGCACCUGAAAGAGGACAUGAAGGGACAACUGAAAGAUGCCUCUUCUGCAACAUACAAGGCUUACAAUACUUUCCGAAAGGAGGGAGAUCCAGAUCUUGAUACGGCAGGUCAAGCGGGUGAGGAGGCAGAGGAGGAAAUGGAGGAGGUACAGAUGGGCCAGGCCAUCACCAUCAUGAAGCCCAUUUUGCGCUUUCUUCAGCUGCAGUGUGAGAACCAUAACAGGAAUCUGCAGAAUUUCCUUCGGGACCAGGACAACAAAACCAACUAUAACUUGGUAUGUGAGACAUUGCAAUUUCUGGACUGCAUCUGCGGCAGCACCACAGGAGGUUUGGGACUGUUAGGCCUCUAUAUUAAUGAGAGGAACGUAGACCUGGUCAAGCAGACGCUGGAUAGCAUCACUGAGUACUGCCAAGGCCCUUGCCAUGAGAAUCAGUCUUGUAUAGCCAAGCAUGAGUCCAAUGGCAUUGACAUUAUCAUCGCUCUUAUAGUGAAUCCUAUUGAGCCCUUGGGGAAGAAUAGAAUGGACCUUGUUUUGGAGCUAAAGAAUAAUGCCUCUAAGCUGCUGCUGGCCAUCAUGGAGAGUUGCCAUGAUAGUGAGAAUGCAGAGAAAAUCCUGGACAAGAUGAGACCUGAUGAGCUGGUGAGUGUAAUUAAGGAGGCCUAUCUGCAGGGAGUACAGAGUGAGGCAGCUGGGCAUUUAUCAGGAGAUGUGAUCAGUCCCAAAGACGUUGGCCACAACAUCUACAUCUUGGCCCAUCAGUUGGCUCGGCACCGAAAAGUGUUACAGCAGAGUCUAAAGCCGGGUCUGGAUCCUGACGAUGAGAGGGGAGAAAGGGAAGAAGCACUCCCAUUCUAUGCCAAGCACACAGCUCAGAUCGAGAUUGUUCGUCAUGACCGCACUAUGGAGCAGAUUGUGUUCCCGGUCCAAAACAUCUGUGAAUACCUGACUGAGGAGUCCAAAGUGCGAGUGUUCACCACCACGGAGAGAGACGACCAGGGCAGCAAAGUCAACCACUUCUUCCAACAGUUUGAAGAUCUGUACAACGAGAUGCGGUGGCAGAAGAAAAUGAGGAAUUAUGUCGUUCUCUUCUGGGUCUCGAAACACAUCUCUCUUUGGGAAAGCAUUUCCUUUAACCUGGCUGUGCUGGUCAACAUUGCUGUAGCUCUGUUCUAUCCAUUUGGAGAUGACGGAGAUGAAGGUGAACUUCCCCCUUUCCUGUCUGUCCUGCUCUGGGUCGCGGUAGCCAUAAGCACAUCUCUGCUCUUUAUCCUGCCAAGACGAGGAGGCAUACUGGCUUUCCUGAUUACAGUCAUCCUCCGCUCCAUAUAUACUAUAGGCUUAGGUCCCACGCUGCUGCUACUUGGAGCCACUAAUCUGUUGAAUAAGAUUGUCUUUUUGGUGAGUUUCGUGGGCAACCAGGGUACGUUUACACGAGGUUACAAAGCAGUCAUCAUGGACGUCUUUUUCCUCCUGCAUGUUUCCUAUGUCAUCGUGUGCAUGCUUGGUCUGUUUGUCCACGAGUUCUUCUACAGCAUACUGUUGUUUGAUCUGGUACGCAGAGAGGAGACGCUGUUGAACGUUAUGAGGAGUGUGACAAAGAACGGUCGCUCCAUCUUCCUCACUGCUGUGCUAGCCAUCAUCCUGGUUUACCUCUUCUCCAUCGUGGGCUUCCUCUUCCUCAAAGAUGACUUCCUGAUGGAGGUAGACCGUCACCCUGCACUCGCUAGGAUCAUUUUGGGCCAUUUCACAGAGCCUAAGAGCUGUGCGGUGGACAGCUGUCCGGAUCGAACCCUGAAUUCGUAUCAUGACGAGCAGAAUACCGAGGAUGCUCCAGAGCGAGUGUGUGACACCCUGCUCAUGUGUAUCGUAACUGUACUGAACCACGGGCUGCGCAACGGAGGUGGAAUAGCCGACAUUCUCCGCAAGCCUUCAAAGGAUGAACCCAUGUUUGCUGCUCGCGUGGUGUACGACCUGCUGUUCUUUUUCAUCGUCAUCAUCAUUGUUCUGAACCUCAUCUUCGGUGUGAUCAUUGACACGUUUGCUGACCUGAGGAGUGAGAAACAGCGCAAGGAGGAGAUCCUGAAAACUACUUGUUUCAUCUGUGGUCUGGAGAGAGACAAGUUUGAUAACAAGACAGUGUCAUUCGAGGAGCACAUCAAGAACGAGCACAACAUGUGGCACUACCUGUACUUCCUGGUUCUAGUGCAGGAGAAGGACCCCACUGAAUACACUGGUCCUGAAAGCUACGUGGCUCAGAUGAUGAAGGAGAAGAACCUGGAGUGGUUCCCACGGAUGCGGGCCAUGUCUCUAGUGAGCAGUGAAGGAGAGAGUGAGCAGAAUGAGAUGCGCUUACUGCAGGAGAAGCUCGAUACCACUGUCUCACUCGUAGCAGUGCUUUCUUCCCAGCUUGCAGAGCUCAAAGAGCAGAUGACUGAGCAGAGGAAAAACAAGCAGAGAAUGGGCUUUCUGGGUCCAACACAAGCCAACCAUCACGUUCCCUCUGCACACUGAGAACACGACUGACAAGACAAACGACUCCCAUCCACUCAUCACAGACUAGGUUUCUGUUCGGACCUUGAGCUUCCAGAGAAAUGCCUGGGGACUGUCUCAUUCAAACUUCUUAAACGGCAAAUCAGUGGUGUUUCCCGAGUCUCCUGUCUAGGGCAGAUCAGUAAUGGAAAUGCUGCCUGUGGACUUUUAACUAUAAAGUAUUACUCGUGUUUUAAAUGUCUUUCCAUUUUAUUGGUCUCACUUUUGGCAGUAACUGGAGAGCAGAGUAAGUCAAGGUGAACUUCAGGAUGUACCUCACUCACUGGGGUUACUGCUGCUUUGGAAGUGCCUUAGAGCUUUUAUCACACAGAAGAACUGCUGACUAAAGUGUCCUUUUACCCUUUAGAAAAUACAGAACUGGAAACAAAACAUCUCAUCUUCAAGUUAAAGUUGCCAUCUGGUUUCAUUAGGAGUAACAUAUUGAAAAUUGGUGGUCAUCUUGUUGUACAUUUGUGUUCGUUUUUACUGAAAAUGUGCAAAGUGCCUUAAAAGUAAAUCACUGCACCAGGGGUACUGUUUUAAAAUGUGUGUAAUUAAUGACUGGGUGAAUGUAUGUGUGAAAGUUUGGUACGGUCCACUGUUGGCAGACACGCUGAACAGAUCCUGCUGUGUCAAAUAUUGACUUAAAGCAUUCCCUGUUUUAACAUUUGAAUGUGCAGUCAACAAGACAGUUUAACUCUCUCUUAAGUCACUUUUUCAUGUUGUUUUUGUGUGGAGAUUUGUACAAGUGACUUAUACGAGGAUCGAAAGGAUGUAAUUGAGAUGAAAUGCCUUUUAUUUACAAGAGAUCAGAAAUGAUAGACUAUUUUAUGUGAUUAUAAUACUGUAAUAAAUACAUAUAUAUAUAUAUAU